AUCUGAACUAAACUACCUUUCAAAUUUUCAUUACCCGCUUCUUUUCCUUCUUUUUGUUUUGUUUCUUUAUACCCUCCUUGUCCUUUGUUUUAUGUUCAGACACUGUCGCCACAAGUUACAACAGACACAGCAAUAACACAUUUCCUUCCUUUGCAUAUUUUAGAAAAACAUCCACUUGCUUGUGCCAAUUCAUCCUCCCUCUCUUUCCCCCCCUUGAAUAUAUCCGUACCACUACCAUCCGUUCAACUACAAUUCGCACACUAUAAUGGUACAAACCACGGUCAAUAACGAGAAUGAAUUCAGACUAACAAGAUCUAAACUACUUCUACAGCAACAACAACAACAACAACAGCAGCAGCAGCAGCAAGAAAAUGAAGCACAACAUCAAUCAGUUUUCGCCUCGUCUCAACCAGACGGUGCAUCUAAACCAUCUCUGGAAUCAUCAACACAGGAGUUAGCUCCUACUCGCCAGUACUUGGGCGACGUUUCGAAUCAAUAUAUCACCACCAAACAAUCCACAACAACGCUUAUAACUACAACUACACAACAACAAUCUAAAUCACAACCACUUGUAAAAAAGAGGAAACCAUUAGUACCAUUACACGAACAACCUAAACCCUCCAAAGAUAUUUCUAUUGCAUCAGAUUCCGCAAAUGCUAGCACUAGUUAUUUGGCAGUACCAUCAAGACUUCCACAAAAGAGACAAGCGACAGAAUCUUCCACCAACCUCGUAGAACAAUUAAAAGUCCCUCCUCAAUCAGAAGCAGUUGCUACUAAUACUAACAAUGUUAAUAAAAAGACGCGAUUAAUUGAUUAUGAAUGGCAAGAUUUGGACGAAGAAGAUUUGGAUGACCCGCUCAUGGCCAGUGAAUAUGUCAAUGAUAUAUUCAGCUAUUUUUACGAAUUGGAACAAAGAAUGUUACCUGAUCCCCAGUAUUUAUUUCAACAAAAGCAUUUAAAACCCAAAAUGAGGUCGAUUUUGGUGGAUUGGCUAGUAGAAAUGCAUCUCAAGUUUAGACUCUUGCCUGAAAGUCUUUACUUGGCGAUAAAUAUCAUGGAUAGAUUCAUGUCUAUUGAAGUAGUGCAAAUUGACAAAUUGCAAUUGUUGGCUACAGGAUCAUUGUUCAUAGCUGCAAAAUACGAAGAAGUUUUCUCACCCCUGGUUAAAAACUAUGCAUAUUUCACCGAUGGAUCAUAUACCGAAGAAGAAAUCUUACAAGCGGAAAAAUAUAUCCUCACAAUCUUAAACUUUGAUUUAAACUAUCCAAACCCUAUGAACUUCUUGAGAAGAAUAUCCAAAGCUGAUGAUUACGAUGUUCAGUCAAGAACGUUAGGAAAGUAUCUUUUGGAGAUCACCGUUAUAGAUUAUAAAUUUAUCGGUAUGAGACCCUCGUUAUGCUGUGCAUCAGCCAUGUACCUUGCCAGACUCAUACUAGGUAAAUCACCAGUGUGGAACGGGAACUUGAUUCAUUACAGUGGAGGAUACAGAUUAAGUGACAUGAAAACAUGUGUUGACUUAAUCUUCCAAUAUUUGAUAAGUCCAAUUGAACAUGACGAGUUUUACAAAAAGUACAGUGCCAGGAAGUUCAUGAAGGCAAGUUUAUUGUGUAGGAGUUGGGCUAAGAAGUUUCAUCAAGAGGGAAAGACUUUAUUGGAUGAGAAAACUUCAACCCAUCGUUUGGCUCUUACUUAGGAGAGGUGGUGCCUGGAGAAAUGACCAUGUAAUGUUCUUUUUUAUGUAUUUUUUAGCAUUUUAUUAUUCAAUUCAACGUAUAGCAUUUACU